GUCAAGCGAUAAUGAGUAUCAUCCACCUGGUAAUCAUGUGUACAGUGUCAAUGCUUUCAUUUGCUGAUGGUGAUAUUACUACUACUACUGCCACUACUACUGUGACAUUGAAUGAUUCAGUUAACAUUGCGCAACCUCAUUUUAAUUGUAAUCUAACUCAACAUGGUUUUCAUUUACGAUUACAUUGUGAUUUCUAUGAUUUUUCAAUGGAUCUAUUGAAGUCUUGUCAACUUCAUGUAAAUUUACCAUCAGGUUUUUUCAUUGAUCCAUUCGAAUUGAAAUCCAAUCAACCAGAAUUAAAAUUCUCCAUUCAUAAAUCAAAUGAUGCCGCUGCUAUACAACAAAAAUUACCUAAUUCCAUUAAAAAACUUGUUAAUUGGUUUGCAUAUUCUAAAAUAAAACAAAAGAAAACCAUUGAUCAUUCGCAUGAAAAUGACCAAUCACUGUAUCAAAACAAUAUUGUUGAUAUUGAAGCACCUGAAUGGCUUGCUCAACCGUUAACAUUCAAAUUUCAUAUUAGUCAAUUGGAUCAACUCAAAUGGGGAAUUGAUCAGUUGUUAAUUGAUUUGUCUUCAUUAGAUAGUGAUUGGUAUCAUCCUUCAUUGUCAAAGCUAGAAACAGAUAAAAUAUUUUCCAAUUGUUCAACUAUUAAAGAUGGUGCAUUUUUAAUUCGACGAUCAUCACAAUCGGAGAGAAAAUUUGUACUUGUUUUAUAUUAUCAACAUCAAACAUUAAAAUAUCAAAUUGAAGUAGUGGAUUUUUCAUUUCAUUUAGAUACAAAAGAAGCUUAUUUUAUUGAUAAAGGUCCACUUCAUUUAUCCUUAGAACAUUUAGUAGAACAUUAUAGUCGUUUCGCUGAUGGUAUACCUGUACGUUUACAUUAUGCAAUAUCUCCAUCUGGUCGAAUUACUAACAUUGAACAGUUGAUGCCGCAUAAUUUAGAUAAUCAUGGUCGUGAAUUACGUAAAAUUGAAUCCUCCUCUACACUUGGUAAUGAUGCAUGGGCUUUACGAACUAUUUCAUCUAGUUUACAUGGUGGUCGUAUGGGUGCACCAUUAUCAUUAUCCACUGUUGUGAAAGGUGCUUCACGUCAUGGACAAAAAUCAAAAAAUCAAGCGAAACAUCAUAACAGUUCAUCAAGUUCCGGUGUUUCUGGUAUGUCAUCCAGUGGAGGUGGUCUACUACCAGUUGCAGCUGGUCUACAAUUAACUGCAUCUGGUAGUGCAUGUCUUGGAUCAACAAGUGGUUCUGGUGAACUUCGUCUUAUUCCUAGCGAUGCUGUCAUUCUAUUGUAUAGAUUAGGUGAAGGUGAAUUCGGUGAAGUUUAUCGAGGUAGAUUACAUUUAGAUAAUGGUAUAAUACAAGAAGUGGCUGUAAAAGUUCUUGUACAACCAUCACAAAGAUUAGAUUUUUUAAAAGAAGCCACAAUUAUGAUGCAAUUAUCUCAUCCACAUAUUAUUACCAUAUAUGGUGUAUGUGAAAAUAAACGUUUAAUGAUGAUAUUAGAAUUAGCCGAGUUGGGCAGUCUAUUAGAUUAUUUAUUAGAUUAUCCAGAAAAAUGUCAACUACCUGAAUUGUAUAAUUGGAGCAUGCAAAUUGCAAGUGGUAUGAGUUUUUUAGAAUCAGCUCGAUUUGUCCAUCGUGAUUUAGCUUGUCGCAACGUGCUCUUAUCAAAUCAUUCAUGUGCAAAAAUUUCUGAUUUUGGUCUAUCACGUGCUGUUGGCGUUGAAUCGGAUUAUUACAAAGCUACACAACGUGGUAAAUGGCCAGUGAAAUGGUAUGCACCUGAAUCAAUUUAUUACAAAACAUUCAGUCAUGCUAGUGAUGUCUGGUCAUUUGGUAUAUGUUUAUGGGAAAUGUUCUCGUUGGGUGAACACCCCUACGCCGAUCAAGAUAGUUUUGAAGUACUGCGUCAAAUUGAAGAAGGUGUACGUUUGCCUAGGCCACAUUUAGCCAAUGAUGAUGUAUUCGCUAUAAUGCAUGAUUGUUGGGCGUAUAAUCCAGAUGCACGACCAACAUUUGCUCAACUUCUUGCAGUGUUUCAACAUCUUGCCACAAAUGUUUACGAGAAUGUGGAACCGCCGGAAUUAGUUGUAUCACCAUCUUGCGCGCAGCCGCCGCCAAAUAAGGCAAAUCCAUCGAGUAAAAUUGUGAAAAAUGGUAUACCAUGUCAUAAUAGUAAUAAUAGUAGUAAUAAUAAUAAUCAUAAUCAUACUAAUAACACUAUUUGUUCACCGACUACUACCGCUUCUCAUGUCAAUACUACUACUACUAAUAGUAGUAGUAGUAGUACUACUGCUACUACUACUGCCGCCGCCGCCGCCGUGAUGGUUACGAAUGCCAGUAGUAAUCACAUUGAUCAUCAACAUUUAAGUGGAAAUGAUCGACGUCAUAUAAAUUGUACAAAUAAUAAUAAUCUACUACGUGUUUCGAAUACUGUCAAUACAAAUGGUUUAGCAUAAAACUGAAGUACCAGUGUAAAAGCAGAGAGAGAGAGAGAGGCGAGAGAGCAAAUUGUGGUGGGGUAAAACAAGAAGAAAAAAGAAACAUGUGCAGUACAUUUUCUUUCGCAUUUGAUUUUCUUGACUUUUUUAUUUAAAAUUGCAAAUAAUAUGAUUUGUUUUAGUAUUGUGCAAGCAUUGAGCAGCAAUUCGUCGUUCCUAUGCACAUUCUGUCUCUCUCUCUCUCUCUGUAUGUAUGUGUGUGUGUGCGUAACCAACCACAUAUAACUUACUCUACAUCCUACUGAAGUGUGUGUGCAUUUGUUUUUACUGUUAUUUCAUCAAUUAUUCACUUUUACCAUUAAACUAUCCUAUCUACCUCUUUUGAUGAUGAACAUGUAUGCAACAACGUGUUUUUUCCCUGUCAAUCAUGAUUAUCUAUCUAUCUAUGUAUGUAUCUUGAAGAGAUUGUUACUUCCUGUUUGAUUGUUGAGUAGUCAGUCGGUUGAUUAAAAUUCCUUAUUUUUUAGCAGUGGGCGGAAUAGCAAUUCAUCUCUCUCUCUCUACGACUCGUUGAAUUUUUUUUUGUCACUUAAAAUUUCUAUUUAAGUGAUGAUGCAUUUGAAAUCAUCUAUAGUCUUAGUGUGUGUCCACUGGUGUUGCUUCCUUUUCUCUCUGU